AUGACUAAGGAAAAUUUGCAGUGUGAUAAAUACAAUAAGGGAGGUCCAACAUUAAAUGGUAAUAAUAGUAAUAAGAAUAAAAUUGUUUCAAGUAAAUAUGUAGAGAAUAUAAAUGAAAAGAAUAAUGAUGAUAUUCAGAAUGAUGUUCAGAAAUGCUUUGCUUCAUUGAAUAGUACUAUUGAAGAUAUGAAUAUUCAAUUUAACAAUAUAUUAAAAGAUAAUGAAGAGAAAUAUAUAUUAGCAUUUAAUACGUAUAUGUAUGAUGUUCAAAAAGAAAUAGGUGUGUUAAAAAAGAUCGUAAAAGAAGAAAAAAUAAAAAAAUUAAAAGACGAGAAAAUGAAGAAAUUACAAAAGGAAUUGAAGUGGUAUAUAAACGAAUGUUUAAGGUUAGAUAAAAUAUCUGAAUAUUUAAAAAAAGAAGCUGAUAAAUGGAAAAGGAAUAGUGAACUUAUGAAAAGCCAUAUGUUAUUUUUAGAAAGAAAAUUAUAUAAAAUAUAUGAAAAAAUUAUUUAUAAAGAAAAUAUAAAAAAGGAAAAUGAUAUUGUAAAAGAUGAUAAAAUUAUAAAAAUAAAAAAAUCAGAAAGUGAAAUUCAUUUAAAAAAAAAAGAAAUAUGUAAUGAAAGAAAUGAUAGAAAACAUUUGUUUUGUGAUAUAAAAAAAAAUGAUGAUCAAAAAAAUAUAAACAAAGAUGAAACAUAUAAACAAAUCAAUUUGAAAAUAACCAAUCUAGAAAAAAAAUUAAAAAAACAAAUCAAUGUAAAUUCUAGUUUACAACAAAAAUUAGCAAAUUGUUAUAUCGAAAAAUCAAAAUAUGAAAAAUUAUUUAUAGAAUGUGUUCAACAAAUUAAAAGAGAUUUAACAAAACGAACAUUAAGAAAAGAUAAGGAAGAAUAUGUGGAACGUAAUUUUUCUUCUCUAUUAAAUAAUUCAGAAUUUACUAAUUUUACUAAUGAUGAAAAAAAAAAUAUAUUAAUAUCCUUCUUUUCUACAAAUGAUAUCAUAUAUUUUAUGAACAAAUAUGUCUUUACUAAAGAAAAGCAUCCCAUUUAUAAUAACACUGAAAAUAGCUACUCAAGAAGUACAAUAAAAUAUCAGAAAAGGUCGGAUAUUUCUCCCUUCUUAUUGUAA